AUUGUUCCGACAACCAUUGUAACAGUAUGCCUUGUCAAAAUGGAGGUACAUGUAUGGCUGCCAGUGAAGAUAGUUACAGAUGUUCCUGUCCUCUCGGCUACUCUGGAGAACAGUGUGAAUUUUCUCUCAACUCUUGCGCUAGUAACCCUUGUGCCCAGGGUGCUACUUGCGCAGUGCUAUCCCAAGGAGGCUAUUCCUGCAAGUGUCCACGAGGAAGGCGAGGGAUUCACUGCGAAGAACUCCACAGAGAUGUUAAAGAAGUGACAGUUCCUGAGUUUAAUGGAGAGUCUUUUCUUCAAUUACCGACAUUACCCAGCGUUGGACUGGCUUUUACAAUCGAAGUAUGGUUCCUAACAUAUAAACUUGAUGGAUUGCUGCUAUAUAACGGUCAGGAGAGUCCGCCAGGUGGCGACUUUGUAUCAUUGAACUUAGUUGAUGGGUUUGUCCAGCUUCGGUUCGACUUGGGAAGUGGAGUCGCCAGUGUGUCGGGAGUAGUGACCAUCACUUCUCCUUAUCCAGUCGUUUUAGGAGAAUGGCAUUCUGUGAAAGUGACUCGACAAAGACGUCGUGGGUCUCUACAGGUCGACGGUGGACUGGAGGUUUACGGUGAAUCUCGGGCGCCGUUGAGUGAAUUAAACCUUCAUCAGCCUCUGUUUGUAGGAGGAUUUAAAAGUUUGUCUGCAGUGAAUCAUCAUUCAGGAAUAUUCAAGGGAUUAACAGGAGCUAUCCAGAGAAUCAUGGUGAACGGAGAAUUAUGGGAUAAUCUCAUGGAUAAAGCGACAACUUCGCACGGAAUUACACCGUAUGCCGGACCUCCCUGUACAGAAGGAGUUUGUCUGAAUGGAGGGAUCUGUGUCCCCAAGCUGAACGAGUUCACGUGCCGAUGUCCCAUGGAUUUUAUCGGUCUUCGAUGUGAGCAGAGUAUGGCGAAAGAUGAUCGGGAUCGCCCAGUGUCUUUUAAUGGAAACACGUAUUUCAGUUUUCCUAACAGGAUAACUAGAAGUGAACGUCUAUCGCUGGAAUCUAGAGAGACAGGGUAAGACUUGUUUUGUUUUUUCUUCUACACCUUGAAUUGUAACAGGGUCAAACUAACAGAAUAUAAGUUUGGGUGUGGGUUUAAGUAACCGUUUGAUGUUGUUAUCGCCUUUCUUCUUUUUGAAAAACAAACACUCUACGUGA